AUGUCCAGGAGGAGCCAUACACUGUUAGAUGAGCCAUUUGCUGCAGAGCCAUUGACCACCUACGAGGCCACUAAUGAAGAGUAUCUGGAGGAGGCUGAUGUUGCCGCUAUCACAGGUAUCAUUUACAUGCACGAUGUUGCAUGCGUCACUUUGUUUGACACAGGAACUACACAUAGCUUCUUGAGUGAGAAAAAGGCAGGAGAGUUGUCAAUCAUGGAGAUCGAUACGACUACACCUUUUAUGGUGUAUACACCUGCGGGACAGACUCUUCCAGUACAGGAGAUUUUGCAUUGCAUGCCCUUGACUAUCUGUGGGAGGAUGUUGACUGCAGAUCUUAUCGUCGUACCUAUCUGGGGUUACGACUUAAUACUGGGAAUGGAUUGGUUGUCGAAGCAUCAAGCCCAGAUUGACUGUCAUCAGCGAACUAUUUGGUUCACUGAGGAGAGCGGAGGAUUCGAGUUCGUUGGGAACAGAUCACGGAAGGUGUAUCCCAUUAUAUCAGCUCUGAAGGCUAACAAGAUGAUCGAGAAAGGAAAUGAAACCUUCCUGGUUGUAAUCACAGCAACCGAAGAAGCAAAGGCAAGGCUGGAAGAUACUGCUGUGGUUCGGGAAUUUCUCGAUGUGUUUCCUGAUGAACUACUCGGACUACCACCAGAACGGGAGUGA